CAUGCUGUGAAAUUGUGGCUAUGGCGAAGGGACGACGAGGUGAAGCAGGAGGACGGGAGAGGACCAUAGUCGGCAUGGAGUGAGUGUGAGAGAGAAUAGGCGUUGAUUUCUUUCAUUCUUUCUUUCAUGCUCUCGCUGUUUUUCUUUCUCGAGAUGGUGCACGAAGCUUUGCAGAAGCUCGGGGAAAGCUGGAAAGCGGUCAUCCAAGUGCAAGCCCAAAAGUUGUGGCCAUGCAAGCAAGGCUUCGUGAAUUGAUCGUUGUCACCUCCACCACCACCACAACAAGCCAGCCAGCCAGCCAGCCAUCGAUCCAUUGCCAGGUCUGGAUUACACACUACCGUCGUGGUGUCAAUCUCUUAGAUCCUUCCUGAACUUUCUGGAAACGACCAAUUGUCGUGUGGAAGUGGGAGUUGUGCUUGUGGCAAUUUCUCUGCAAUUCGCCCCGUCGGUGGUGCAUUUCGUCGGAGCUCGUUGAUUGUUGUUGGGUUUUGGAGGUGGGUUUCGCGCGAAGGUGAGUGUUGGAGGAUAGAGAGAGGUGGGAAGCGGUGCUGUGGCUGAGGUAGAAAAUGGUUGCCGAGAGUGUGUUGGUGUGUAGGAGCAGUGUCGUCGGGGCUGGAUUGCAGAGCUUUGUUGGAGAGGGCGCGAAGAGAGAGUCAGCAGGGCCAGGGAGAAGCGUGUUUUUGGGAGCUCAGGUGCAGAAGAUGGGAGCGGGUAUGUCCGCGCGGUCGGAUGUGCGACCUGCAGCAGUUCCGAAAGCUUCAGGAGAUGUCAGUGAGCAGACUGACUAUAAAACAUUCAGUGAUGAGGAAUGGAAGAAGCGUCUGUCUCAACAGCAAUUCUACGUCGCACGCAAGAAAGGCACCGAAAGACCUUUCACUGGAGAGUACUGGAACACCAAAACAGCAGGAACAUACCUAUGCGUUUGUUGUAAGACACCAUUGUUCAGCUCAAAGACCAAGUUCGACAGUGGUACCGGAUGGCCAUCUUACUAUGACACCAUAGGUGACAAUGUGAAGUCACACAUGGAUUGGUCGAUACCCUUCAUGCCCCGCACUGAGGUUGUGUGUGCUGUGUGCGAUGCUCAUCUGGGUCAUGUCUUCGACGAUGGGCCGAGGCCUACUGGCAAACGUUAUUGUAUCAACAGCGCGGCGAUUGAUUUGAAGGCCGAGAAGCAAGAAGAGAGGAACUAGGUACGUCAAGGUAUAGGAAAGGAGGAAGCUGAGACAAUUCAAAAUACCAAAGAAUAUACCAGUUUCGCUGUAAUCUGUACUGGGCUAUAUCUCUUAAAAGUGACAUAUGGCAUUUUUUUCGAAUGCUUCUGAGUGUAUACACACCCUUUUAAAAAUGACGUGAGAGCUUGAUUUCAAGUGUACUGAGUGACCCUUAUCGUACUAAGGUUGAAGCUUCAGAAUUGGACCCCAAGUAUUGGAGCAGAAUUAUAGAAUUGUGUUGGUCGCUGCUACAGCCUGCAUGGAAUUGGAAGGACGAUGUAUAAUAUAACCGUACAAGCAUUUCUGGAGAUGAGAACGGUAGAAAUCAAAUCAAACCUGGCAGAGAAAACCAUUUAUUGGGUCGUCAUGUAGCUGAAAAAGUUUUUUUCUACCAAGUUUUUGUACUUACGACGACUAAAUGGUUUCUUUUAGGUAGUUCAGCACUCCUCACCACUUUGGCAGUAGACAGGAACUGCUUACAAAUACACUGUAUACAAUAUUAAUUCAAACUGGUUCUCUCAAAUGGUUCCCUUUUGAAAUGGA